AUGAAACUCGAAGAACUGGACAAGGAGAAGCACCUCCAGGACGACUGCCUGUCCGUCCUCUGCGACGUCACCGUCGACACGGGGCUGCGCACCGAGGACUACACGGACGAGGUUGCUGCGGCGGAGGAACUCACCAAGGCGCCACCGCCGUUCCCCGUGCAUGGCAUCGCGGAAGCUAUCUGGAACAGGCAGGAACCCGACGUGAAGAUCGAGGCCGGCGACGGGCAGACGCUCGCCGCGCACCGGUGGGUGCUCGAGGCCGGAUCCCCCGUCUUCAAGGCGGACCUCGCGCUCGCCUCCAACGACACCGUCGCUGAGCUACGCGUCGGCGACAUGGACGCCGACGUGUGCAAGGCGCUGCUCCGGUUCAUGUACACCAACUCGCCGCCGCCGGAGCUCGAGGCGAUGGCGGAGCGGCUCCUCGUCGCGGCGAACAGGUACGAGCUGGAAGAGCUGAAGCUCGCCUGCGAGGAGGCGCUGUGCAAGAACAUCGACACGAGCUCCGUGACCGCCGCACUGGCGCUGGCCGAGCGUCAUGGUUGCACCGUGCUGAGGAAGGCGGGCAUGCGGUUCCUCUCUUCUCCCGGUAACCUGGAUGUGGUCUUGGCAUCGCCCGAUGGUCUUGAGAAGCUCAAGACAGGAUGCCCAUCUGCUCUGCUGGAGCUCCUCGAGAAGAAUAGGCCGCUAGAUGAGCAGUUACUUAGCACACGCGUCUGA